UUAGGACCUUAUAAUGAAAUUGAUGAUUUCUCAUUGAGUUCCAAAAGCCCUUUACCUUUGUUGUUUCGAGGUUUUCAACGGAGGAUCGGAUUUCUACAUUUUCGCAAUGUCUUUCACUGGGACUCUUGAGAAGUGCAAGGCAUGCGAUAAGACAGUUUAUGUGGUUGAUUUGGUGUCUGCGGAUGGAGUUCCUUAUCAUAAGACAUGCUUCAAAUGUAGCCACUGCAAAGGAACUCUUGUGAUGAGCAACUACUCUUCCAUGGAUGGUGUCCUCUACUGCAAGCCUCAUUUUGAACAGCUCUUCAAGGAGACUGGCAGCUUCUCUAAAAAAUUCCAAACGCCUGGAAGAUCUGGUGAUAAGCCGCCGAACGAACUGACAAGGGCUCCAAGUAAGCUGUCCUCCAUGUUCUGUGGGACCCAGGACAAAUGUGCCACGUGCCAUAAGACAGCAUAUCCAUUGGAGAAGGUGAGCGUGGAAGGAGAAUCUUACCACAAAUCCUGCUUCAAGUGCUCCCACGGUGGAUGCUCCCUCACCCCUUCUUCGUACGCCGCGCUGGACGGUAUCCUCUAUUGCAAGCACCAUUUUGCACAGCUGUUCAAAGAGAAGGGCAGCUACAAUCACCUGAUCAAGACCGCUUCGAUAAAGCGCAAUAGUGUGGGCCCACCGCCCGAUCCAACGGUGGAGGAUCAGGACAAGGAGCAGGAGCAACCACAGGAGAAACCAGAGGAGCAAGAUGUAUCAUCAUAAGAUCGAGUUGCCAUUUUUCAGCGUAUUCAAGGCAAUCCAGACCGUCGGAUCGUUAUAAUUUUGAUUUCUAAACGGAGGCUAAUUCAAGAUGUUCUACUUUUCUUUUAUUUUCUUCAGGAGAUACAGGACAUGCAGCUAGAGGCACUGCACCGUUAGUUUUUCAAUUUUGAUAAGUGGGGCGCAUGCUUCGAUGAUCCAAACCGUUGGUCUGUUGCAUCCUACCAUAGAUGGACCAUGUCCAAAUAAUCUCAUUGUGAUCAAAGCUAGCUUGUUAAGAAGACAGAUGGUUGGCUAGGAUUUUCGGAUCUGAUGUUAUUAUCAGUCAAACAUUUACAUUACAGGGAGAAUAUUUGUGCAUGGUCCAUCUACAGUGAAACAGAACAGAUCAAUGGUUUAGAUCGCAUGAAUCAUGGACCCCAUUUAUCAGAACUGAAACCUGUCCGA